UAACACAUCCUGCGGUUGUGAAAAUGAGACAAGACAACAUCCUACAUUUUCAUCCCUUGAGUUUCUUCACAAUAUUUUCUUAAGCCUUUAAUGAAAAAGAUCAUCUUCUUCAAUCGUCCUGCUAAUAUUUUUCGAGUUUGUCCUCUUUAUUAAUAUCGACAAUGUAAAAACUUUCAAAUUGUUGCUCCUCUCUCUUUCUCUCUCUCAUGUUCUAAUUCAAAUUUCUUCAAAAUUUGAAUGGUUGACAAGCUUAUGAAUACACUAAGAAAAUCUAACUCAUAUUUGGGGAUUUUUCGUACACUGUAAAUUACUUUUGUUGGCAUUAUUCUAUAACACAGUUCUAUGGUAGCCUAUCAACCAAAUUUUGCUUUUAUGGGCACCAAAUAGAGGAAACAAAAAUCAAAAGAACAAUAAGAACCCUUUUGAAGUUUUCUUGGUGGCCUUAUUUAGGGGUUUUGGCUUCUACAGUUGUUGGGGAGUGGAUGAUUUCUGUCACUACUUUAAUCUUUAACUAGAAUCAAUACCCACGGCUACGCCGCGGGAGAUGUAGUAUAUGUAAAAACAUUUUCAUUAUCCAAGACUGUACUGGAAUCCAAUUCCAGUAGUGGAGUUUUGCGUUCAUAGCCUCAGCUUUCUAACCCGGUGAAGACUAGUCAUCUGCCGGGUAGUCGGACUGAGAGGGCUUGGUCAGCUUAAGAGAUUCCAAGCUACUGUCAGUUCUUCCGCAGUUUAAAGAACAGUUAGUAUACCCAGGGUAAUUACAACUGUGACCUAACUCAGGAGGGGACUUAUUCCCGAGUGACUCUUCCCUUGCUUUACAAAACCGAACCAUUUCCUGCUUUCUUACUGCUUUUAGUUAAAAUCACAAUCACUCGACUUAGUUUGCUAGAUAAUAGAUAUUCACGGAGUAGGCAGUAGAUCUAGACCCCGGGUUGACAAAUAGAGCUUGCCUGUUACUGCAUUUCUGGACUGCGAUUACACUUGGUCGCAGUUUGGUGUUGUGUUUUAGCGUGUCAAGUUUUUGGCCCCGUUGCCGGGGACCUCUAGGUUAUUGGGGAAACGUGAAAGUUUGUUACUCUAGCUUUUUCUUUACUGCAUUUUCUCUCUUCCACCUGUGUGCCUUCACAGGUUGCUUUUGCUGAUUGUGUGCAGGUAGUGCAUGACCCGUAGCCAGUCGGGAGAUUUACUACCAUUAGACCAAGAGCUUGAACAGACCUGUAGGAACUUCAAGCGGGCUCUAAAGACACGACUGGCUGCGGAGGAGGCCUUAGCACAGCUGCAAAUCACCGAGGAGGAAGAGAUGGGUGACCCACAGGACCAUGAUGUGGUCCUUCCCGAGGAGCAGACCAUGGGGUAUUACUGGACCGUCAGAGCCGCGGGCAUGAGGUCUCCCAUUCAACACCCUCAUGUUCCAGCUUGAGGUGAGCACCUCUGUCAUCACCAUGUUGCGCGGUUCGGUGGUAUUCCAUGGCAAGAAGGGGGAGUGCCCCCGAUCACACCUGAUCGAUGGGAUCAAGAUCAAUGGGGUCUCAACCGAUGAAAUCCAGCUGAGGUACUUCCCAUUUACUCUGGAGGGGCAGGCCAAGGAGUGGCUAGACACUCGACUUCCAGGCUCGAUCACCACGUUCGCCAACCUGGAGUACAGGUUCCUCACCCGCUAUCUGUCGUGUAUCCUUCUGUGCUCCCCAUUUUGCAGGACCCCCCUCCCAUACCUUCGCCGUCACUCCCGUCCACUCUGUUAUCAUAAGAAAAGAUCAAGGAGGAGUGGCGGCCGAAACUGCAGGUAGCUAAGCCUGCUCAAAAGAAAGCUGAAGACCACUAUUAGCUGGUUCCGCCUCCUGAGCAUCGACCGCCUUGGCCAUCCGAGUAUUCACUCGCUUGCAUCCUGUCGGAUGGCCAGGUUGAGUUGACGAGUGCUGGUGGUCACACCCGUCGUGUGCAUGGCCACCAUCUGAAGCUGUACCUCAAGAGCGAUGUGGAUCCGCCCUUGGAGGCACAUGUUCCUACACCUCUCUGAGCAUCCACCCUACUGGCGUCCAGCUAAAAGACUGUAAAGAAGCGCUUGUGGGGAGGCAACCCCACCAAGGUUUGUUUUCCUUUCGUUUGUUUUCGGUUUGUCCACUUGGAGCUAUGGUUUCUAUCACCCAAUGUGUUUUGAUGACUCUAGCCCUACUGACAGUCUGUAUUCCCGGUAACAUCGUUUCUCCUUAUCUUUCCUCUGCUCCAUUGAGGGCAAUGUCGUGCUUAAGUGUGGGGGUGUUUAUCUAUUUUGACUGCUAGAUGAGUUUGUGUGCUUGGAACCUAGUCCACUGUCCAAUUUGAUGAAUUGAGGGCUCCAAGUACUGUUCCCUGCAAAAUCCUGCUCAGUAUGCUUUGAAUUGACAGUCUUUAUGGUGAUAUGCAACCUAGGGAGGUAGUUGUAGGAGGAUGUUGAAGUAUAAGAUUUUUCAUAUCUGUCUCUCUGAUGUGCCGGUUGAUUUUGUGAACUAGUGGAUUUAGGACCGUUGAUUCAUGUGGUAUUGAUGACUUCUCUUAUGUUGUGUUGUGGACUCGUGUAUCGAAAAAGGGUGCUCAAGUGUGAAAUGAAAAAGCAGUUGGUCCUCCAUGUAAAAAAUUUGAAAUUCUAAGACAUGAGGUAAGCCCAACGUGUGCGGCACCGUUCAUUGCACAAAAUCGGGUUUUGGAAGAGACUUUAGUGAUCCUUGGUGGGGUAGGCCUACAAGGUGAAGCUAAGUUGUCUCUAGAAAAUCUUCUGCCGACGAUUGGGGUUGAAUGUUGCUAUAGAGGUCUGGAGAGUUGCAUUGGUUUGGGUCAGGUUUGCGACAAGCAAACGGUUAAGUGUGGGGGAAUUUGAUGACUUGAUAUAUACACAUGUUUUUAUCCACCAUUCUUGUACCGUUUGAGUCUCAUCUCUCGUGUUUUGAAACCACCAACGUUUAAUAUACACCUCGACGACUAGUUAGUGAGUACUACAAUGUCGAAAAAGGCCAGGUUUAUUACAAAGUGGUGCAUGCUAUUGUUAUUCUAUCAAAAUAUCAUAAUCCAUUUCUCCGUAAUUGACUUAACUUGUAAUAAUAUAGUUAAUGUUCGAAUGAAAUACCCUUUGUUGCUAAAAUAAAAUGACGGUACUCUAACAUGUGGUGUUGAUCUACAAAGCAAUGCACAAAUAUACUCUUGCGAUUGUCACAAUACUGAUAUUUUAACAUAAGCAAGUAUCAUAAAUUAAUGAUGAUGAA